CUUGCUCACUCGCCCCUCCUCUUCCACUCCUCGCUCGCACCAAACCAGGUGAAGAACACGAGCAGGAAGGGGGAAGAAGAGGAGGAGGAGGAGGAGACCAGUAUACCAGAGGCAGAUAGCCAACAGUAUCUGUACCACCAGAUUACCGAAAUCUUGUAGAGGCCUAGAAGGGAAUAAUGGCGCCGAUGAGCAGCUACGAGAUGGCGGCUUCCAUCCUGCUGUGCGCCGAGGACAGCAGCAGCAUCCUGGACCUCGAAGCGGAGGCCGAGGAGGAGGAAGUGAUGCUGGCGCCACGGAGCAGGACCAGGACGCGCGGGGAGCCCAGCGUGGAGUUCCCCGUGCCCUCCGAGGAAUGCGUCGACGGUUUCGUGGAGGCGGAGGCGGCGCACAUGCCGCGGGAGGACUACGCCGAGAGGCUGCGCGGCGGCGGAAUGGAUCUCCGCGUCCGGAUGGACGCCAUCGACUGGAUUUGGAAGGUUCACAGGUACUACGGUUUCGGCCCUCUCACUGCCUGCUUGGCCGUCAACUACCUGGACCGCUUCCUCUCGCUCUACCAGCUUCCGGAAGGCAAGGCUUGGACGACGCAGCUGCUGUCCGUGGCGUGCUUGUCCCUGGCUGCCAAGAUGGAGGAGACCUACGUUCCUCCGUCUCUGGACCUGCAGCAGGUCGGCGACGCGCGGUACGUGUUCGAGGCGAAGACGAUCCAGAGGAUGGAGCUCCUGGUGCUCAGCACGCUCAAAUGGAGGAUGCAAGCGGUCACUCCCUUCUCCUACAUCGACUACUUCCUCCACCGGCUCAACGGCGGCGGCGGCGACGCGCCGAGCAGACGCGCCGUCCUUCGCUCCGCGGAGCUCAUCCUGUGCAUCGCAAGAGGGACGCACUGCUUGGAUUUCAGGCCCUCGGAGAUCGCCGCGGCCGUCGCCGCCGCCGUGGCCGGCGAAGAGCACGCCGUGGAUAUCGUCGACAAGGCUUGCACCCACCGUGUACAUAAGGAGAGGGUGUCGCGAUGCCUUGAAGCCAUCCAGGCCGCCACCGUGGCCCUGCCGGGCACCACCGUGCCGCAGCCGCUGAUGAAGACGGAAGGCACGAGCAGCGGCCGCAGAGCCGCCUCCUCUGGCACCGCCACCACCGUGCCGCGGAGCCCCACCGGGGUGCUGGACGCUGCAGGCUGCCUCAGCUACAGGAGCGAUGACACGGCAGCAGCUGCUGCUGCUGCCGCCGCCUCCUCGCAUGCGACCAGCUCCUGGCGCGACGAGGACGACGACAGCUCCUCCCCGGUUGUUGUUUGCAGCAAGAGGAGGAAGAUUAGCAGAUGAUUACACCAAUGAUGGACGGAUCGGAUGAAAAGCCCAUGACGCGCCCUGCUGAUCAAUGAUCAUGAUCCCCUUGAUGAUGAUAAAAAGUCAAGUGGUUUUGAUUGAUUGCACUGACUGAAGAGUUUGGCUGGUUUGUUGGGGGGAGCUUUUGACGCCGCCGGUUUUCAAUGUUCAAAGUGCCCUGAAAGGCAAAGGAAGCGCUGCCAAAAGCAGGACAUCUGCUAUGCUUUCGGACAUGAUCGACGAUCCAGCAAAGACGACGACGCCCGGGAAUAAAGACGGUCUGAAAUGCAUCGUAGAAAUGUACUGAAUUUCGUGCGCUUUUGCAAACAGUAGGCACGCAGCCACUGAGAGCUACCCACAAGCUCACAGUGGAAUGGUGUUGCGAAAAAGAGAAGAGCAAAGGUUUUGCAGGGUUGACAAAGCUGAGACGGGACGAGACGACCAGAAUAAAGGCAGUGAUGAUGGGGAUGAUGAGGCGUUGAUGACACAAUGCAAGGCGUGAACUAGCUAGCUAUAGAUAGCUGCGUACUAGUUUGCUUUGUUCUGUAAUUUCCGACCAAUUUCCAUUUGUAUGUAAAAAAAGGAAAAAAAUGCAAAAGAGAAAAGAACAAUUCUUGCGUUAAAAUUUGAAAAUAAUGCUUAUUAUUAAGCAA